AUUAGUUUGGAAUACUUCGUAGGCAGAUGAAUAUGGAAGCGUUAAGUGCCUUGGCGGCACUUCUGCAGUCGGGGUUUAACCUGGCAUUCAUAGGAAUAUUAGAAGUACUAAUAAUUCUCCUGCGGCCUGACUUAGUAGACCAGGGAAAUCGAGUGACGCCGGUUGUCCCGGAGGACAUGAGCCCCAGUUACGACUACGUUGUGAUCGGCUGCGGCUCCGCGGGAUCCGUCAUAGCGAACAGAUUGUCAGAGGAUGGAAGUUCGACGGUGUUGGCGCUGGAGGCGGGAAGAGACGAACCACCGAUUUCGGAUGUUCCAAUGCUGAUGCCGGUGCUCCAGCUAACGGACUUGGAUUGGUCCUUCAAAACCGAGCAAUCGACGCGCUACUGCCAGGGCAUGAAAGGCCAUCGCUGCAGCUGGCCAAGGGGUAAAGUGCUCGGCGGAAGCAGCGUGCUCAAUGCCAUGAUCUAUGCCCGGGGAAAUGGACGAGACUAUGAUGAGUGGAGGGAUGCGGGAAAUCCAGGAUGGGGAUAUGACGACGUCCUGCCAUACUUCAAGAAAGCGGAGAACAUCUCGAUCCCCGAACUCGAAGAUUCGCCAUACCAUGGAAGGGAUGGCUACCUUACCGUCGAGGAAUUCAGACACCACAAACCCUUGAGUGAAUUCUUUCUGCAGGCUGGUAGGGAGCUGGGAUUCAACGCGGUGGACGUCAACGGCGCCACUCAGACAGGCUUCACCUUGGCUCCCGGCACAUUAAGGGACGGGCUGAGGUGUAGCACUGCCAAGGCCUACCUUCGCUCGGCGAGCCAGCGGCAGAAUCUCCACAUCGGCACGGAAUGCACCGUUGAGAAGAUCCUCAUCAACACUACGACGAAGAUCGCCUAUGCUGUCCAGUUUCGAAGAGGUGGAGAGAUGUACACUGUCCACGCUAGGAAGGAAGUCAUUAUCUCGGCCGGCGCGAUUCAGUCCCCGCAGAUUCUGAUACUCUCGGGCGUCGGGCCGAGGGAACACCUUGACGAGCUAGGACUUGAGCUCGUUCAUGAAAGUCCUGGAGUCGGCAAAAACCUUCAGGACCAUAUCACGCUUGGUGGACUCACAUACUUGAUAGAUCUGCCUAAUGGAACUUCCAGCAAUGAUUUUGGUGGCAGUAAUACGCUGACGUUGUCCGCGUUGGCGGAUUUCUUGAAGAAUGCUACUGGUCCGAUGUACGACCUUUCGACUAAUGAAGUGUUGGGGUUUGUCAAUACCAAGUUUAGCGACGGUGAUUUGGACUGGCCGGACAUCCAGUAUCACUUCGCGACAUUGAGCCAAAACGGACGAGCGUCGAGUAUCAUUGCUAAGCGGAAUAACAAUCUCAGAGAUGAGUUCUUCGAUAGUUUAUUCAGCAAUAUACUCGAUCACGCUGCUUUUGAAAUGGCCCCGACACUGUUGCGCCCGAGAAGCAGAGGGUACAUUACGUUGAGGGACGCUGAUCCCGACAGUCCGCCGAUUAUAGUGCCGAACUACUUCGGCGACCCGCACGACCUUGACGUUUUGGUACAAGGGGCGCUAAUCGCAUACAACUUAAGUCAGACUCCGACGAUGAAGUUGUUAAACACGCGUCUCAACCCGAACCGGAUACCCGAGUGUAGUCAUUUUAGCCUGCCUUCGGAAGAGUAUUUUCGCUGCCACGCUAGGUUCUACUCGUUGACGAUCUACCACCCAGGUUGCACCUGUAAAAUGGGACCCGCUAGCGAUGCUAUGGCCGUGGUGAACGGUAGACUCAAAGUUCACGGUGUCAAGCGACUCCGCGUUGUCGAUGCUUCGAUUAUGCCAAAUCUCCCGUCCGGUAAUAUUAACGCACCUGUCAUUAUGAUCGCUGAAAAAGCUGCACACAUGAUCAAGGAAGACUGGAGCAUCUUAUAGUUUUGCAUCUGUAGUGGGUUCAACAUCAAUAGUUUUUGAUAAUUGUUUACGUGGAUAGUCGUACAUUUAGUCCAGUCGAGAUAGACAUAAAAAUAGCCUUGAAUGGAAAUAAUUAGGGGGAGCGAUUUUUUUUUCUUAAACUUUGGGGGGGUAGUUGGAAGUAUAAGUCUCGAUUUUCGGGAAAAUCCCGCCAUUGCGUUCGCCGCCAUCUUGAUUUAAAGUUCAAUUUUUUCGUUUUUCUGAAAUAACUCGUUAAUUUACAACUUUAGAGCAAAGAUGGUGGAGUCCAAAGUUGUUGGAAAUUUAAUUUCCCACAAGUUUAGUCAUUAUCAUUUUAACGCUAGGAUCAAUAUUUGCAGAGUUAUAAA